UGACUCGCUACUGGCGCGAGUUCUGAUUGGCUGUUGCUUUUCCGUCGAAAUCCUUCCUCUUGGUCAGAUGUUGAAUGAGGACGAAGGCAAGUGGUGUAAUGCCGCUGAGCUUCCCAGCUAACCAAAGUUGAGAGAGCCAUCGAAACGGCAUCAAGAUGAUGAUGGAUUAUUUUGUGACCAAUAACUCCUUGGCGCCCGCACCCAUGGGAAUACAAAGCACAGCGGGUGCGGUGCCUGUGAAAAAUGACAAAGGUGAAUUGUCGAUGAAAAAGGUCAAGGUGCAUCGUUAUGUUUCCGGCAAACGACCCGAUUACGCCGCGGCAAGCUCGGACGAGGAGUCGGAAGAAGAAGACUUUCUGGAGAAGCGUGCGCUCAAGAGCUACGAUGAGAACGAAACCGUCGGUACGGACGUUCCCGUGCAUUCGCACGCGAGGACCAAGGACGAGGACGACCCACGUCUGCGAAGAUUAACGCGGCAAAAGGAGGCGCCUGCUGAGGUACGCACCGAGAGGCACAGACACAUCCACGAGCCCGAGCUGAUCGAGAUCGAGCUGGAGAGAACUCGGGAGAGGAUCAAAUUGGAGAGCUCCGACACGUCCGAGGACGAGGAACUGUCAGAUUCAGAGAUAGAGAAGCGGCGAGAGGCUCUGAAGCAACGUGUACUCUCGAAGAAGGACACAGAGGAGGAACUGAUACAAGGCGAGGAAGAGGAGAGGUCGGGCGAGAGCUCGGAAGAGAGCUCGUACUACGAGGAAUACACCGACUCCGAGGAGGAGACCGGGCCGCGGUUGAAACCCGUGUUCGUCCGCAAGAAGGACCGAAUUACGGUGAUGGAGAAGGAGAAGGAGGCGAUGCGGCAGAAGCAAGCGGAGGCCGAGGCGAAGAAAUUGGCGGAGGAACGCAAGCGGCAGACCUUGAGAAUGGUGGAGGAGGCGGUGCGGAAGGAAACGCAGGUCGGCAAGGGUAACGUAGAGCAGGAGAACAAAUUGAACGACGUCUGCACGGACGACGAGAACGACGAGGUGGAGUACGAGGCGUGGAAAUUGCGCGAGCUUAAGAGAAUCAAGCGAGACCGCGAGGAGAGAGAACAGAUGGAAAAGGAGCGUUUGGAGAUUGAGCGUAUACGCAAUAUGGCGGAGGAGGAGCGAAGGCAGGAGGCACGAUUGAAUCCGAAAGUGAUUACCAAUAAAGCAGCCAAAGGGAAGUAUAAAUUCCUGCAAAAGUAUUAUCAUCGCGGUGCGUUCUACUUGGACAAAGACGACAGUAUAUUCAAACGUGACUUUUCCGGCGCUACUCUCGAGGAUCACUUUGACAAGACGAUCUUACCAAAGGUCAUGCAAGUGAAGAACUUCGGCCGCAGCGGUAGAACCAAGUACACUCACUUGGUGGAUCAGGACACGACGCAAUUCGAUUCGCCGUGGAUAUCAGAGACUGCGCAAAAUUUAAAAUUUCAUAAUAAUCAAGCGGCGGGUAUGAAGCAAGUUUUCGAUCGACCUUCUCUGAAAAAGCGGAAAGCCGACAAUUGAGCCAAUCACACCUUUUUUCUU